AUCUGACAAUACAUCUGUGGACGUAGGAAGAAAUCUUGCUUGUUUAUGUUUGAUAUAUUGAAUCAUAAAUAUUUGCAUUCUUUUUGCUAACAAUAUGGAUACUUUGAUAUCUUUUAAUGCCAAAUUUAUGAAUAAAAUAAGAACUGCUGGUGAUGGAAUGGAAUCCGUGGACUUUACGAAAGAAAAUCGUCCAAUAUCCGACCCAAAAUCUACUACUGGAUUAACCUGCCAAGAGUCUUUGCCUGGUCGAAGGCUUGUCCAAAUAUAUCCAAGCAAAGUUGUAACACCCGAAAGAAGAAGCUCACAUAUAUAUUCCAAGACUCCUAAGUUUGUUCCUUAUGAACCAUACCCGGGGGCUGUUAAACCUAUCACACCAAAUUUUAACUCUAAAGGAAGCAAAAAGUCACGAAAUCAUAUGGAUAUUAAUAAAUUAAUUAAUCAAAUGUCUCAAAUGAAUACCACCAUAAAUGAAUAUAGACCAAGGAGUAAACUAUUAUCUUGCAGUGAUAAAUCUGAAACAGAUUGUGAUAAGGUAAAUGUUGAUAAUGAAAAGCAAAAGAAAAUUGAUGAGCUAACCAAAGAAAAUGAAAGUUUGAAGGAACAACUCAAACAACAAGCGCAGGUAAAUAAGGAAUUAAAAACAAUGUUGGUGGCAUCAAUGGGUGAGGAUUUGGAGUUUCAAGUACACUCACUUAAUGAGGAUAAGAAACACUUGGCGAACGCUUUGCUGAACUCAGCUCAACAUUUGUCUACCCAUCAGGAACAGACCGAAUGGUUGGCUGGGCAAUGCGAAGUGUGGAGAAGUAAAUUCUUAGCGAGCAGUUUAAUGAUUGAGGAACUUGCUAUGUGUAAGAAAGUUCUGACUGAAAAAACAGUUAAUUUACAACAGUCAAUUACCCAGUUGCUUGAUGAAAGAUGCAGGAUAAGGGACAUGUUGAUAUGCACAUAUAAGAACUUGUAUGGGUUACACGAGAAUUGGCUAGAAAAUAUAGCUAUAUCUGAAUAUAUGGGAAAUAAAAAUCGUCCAAUCGGUAAUCUAAAUUUUACCACGACCAUGCCACAUUCAGCCAAUGUCCUUGAUUUGGCGUCAACAAACUUGAAAUUGUCCGAGAAUAUUAGUAGCUCUAUUGAAAAGCCAGACGUAAGUCAUUUGGAUAAAUUAUCGACUGUCACUGAAGCGGAAAAAUAUGCUGAGCAAGUAAUGGCUGCACCAUUUGAAAUAAGAAAAGUGAAUGAAGGACCCGUACAUGCUUUAGUCAAUCAUGCUUAUAACAGUAGUGGAAAUAUAACAGUAGCUUCCUGUGUACAUUGCAACGGAAAAGUACAGCUAUUAUAAAAUACAUUAGUUUAAUAGACAAUUUUAUUUCCUGUAGCUUUAAAGUAUUGACAUGUUUAAAUUCAAAUUCUGCUCAAGAUUGCACAAUGUUUAAAAUCCUUUUGUUUAUUUCUGGAGAGUUUUAACAUUCUAUUUUUAAAAGAUAUAAAAAAUUACUAAUAUAAAUUUAAUUACAUUUUCAAGAAAACAAUAUCUUUUUUUAAUUUUUAAACAUAGCAAUGAAUUUACUGUUUAUAAACUAAUUUAUUUGUAAGUUAUUCAUAUAUAUUAUGUAAAAUGGGAAGUAUUUUUCAGUUGUGAUAAUUAAAAAAAAAUCUAUAUAGAUUGUUUUAAUGAUUUUUAAAAUAUUUUUGAAACUAAGUUAUGAUAUUAUGUGACAAUCAUGUAAAAAUAUAUACAUAUCAAAUAAAACAUAAAAAAAUAAGAUAAAUAUCUUAUAAAAACAUUAUUUA